AUGUGGUGGCUUGAUAUAGCUCUAGGAAUGGGAUUGAUUCCAUAAGUGCUAUUUUCCAACUUUCAACCUAAGCUAAAAGUCGAAAAAAAUCUCACAGUUUCAAAUAGGAGUCUAUAAGCCACAUUAUUUUUGUAAAGUUUUUCUAGUUCUCAUUGGCUGCUCAACUUUUAGCGAAAAUCUAAAUUAUGGUUAAAAUUCUCAACAGUGGCUAUAAGCUGAUUUAUACAAAUUCAUCCUCUAUACGUUCUUAAAAUCUAAAUCUGCGCUUGCGUUGCACAGUGUUGGACGAUAUCAUAGCCUGCAUUCAACCUCUACGAAUAUAGACCAUGUGAUUUUCACCUCAUGCUCAUUUUCUGUCCACGAAAUAUGAAUUUGUUCUGGUUUGGAAAAUGAUGCUCUGGCUCCUGAGAAUAAGCAUAACAAGAUAAGUAGAAGAAACAUUUUUCUAAAAUAUUUGUAA